AUGAAACGUAGUGCUCUGCAUUUGAUUGGACCGGAUGUGGUUCGCAAGGUCAGCAGGGACCGGUUGGUCGAAGAUGUCUUUGACAGAGACAUGGGUGUUAAGUCAACGGCCAAUGCGGGCCGCAAGCUUCGUCGCGGUAAGGGAGUGUCCGUCAAGAUCAAAGGAGUUAUCCGUGGCGCCAACUUCAACGCCAAGUACAUAGCUAAAUAUCUCGCACAGCGUGGCUUCUACUUCGUUGCGAGGGGCCACGUGCUGCGAAGUCGGCUUGGCUUUCGGGGUGGUUCAGGCUCGCCGACCAAGUUCUCCUCGAUCCACUUUACCGUUGCUAAUGAUAGGCAUCUCUGGUACUACCAUGAUCUGCGUUGGAAUCAUGUAAUAUGGGAACAGUGCAGGCGUGAAGCGGGGUGGGUAUUCGCCCUUCGGCUAUGCUACUUGACGUGUUACACUGCAAGGUUGCCUUUUGUCAAGCUUGGCAAUAUUGUCGGCGGUGUUGUGGUCGUUCUUAUACAGAAGCCACCGCCAGCCCUGGAUGCUUCAAGGAUGGAGGGCUGUGCAGUGUGGCGGUUGACGCUGCGCCCCUCCCUACGCUGA